UCGCAAGGUGUAUUGUCUUCUCGGCUUCUCCACCAGUAGUACUGACUGUGUUUGAGAGAAGGGGGAAGAGAAAAGGUCGUGUCUUUAUAGUUUUUGUUUUGUGUUUUCAAUUGAGGGUUUCUGAGUAAGCAUACUUAGUAAAAUCCAGAGAUGGAGAAAAUGCUUAGGUUUAAAGGUUCUUAUUACAAAGCGAUUCCGGAAGAAGAUCCAGCGGAAUCAGGAGACAAAAAGAUCAAAGUUCGUUUCUUGACGCUGCUCAAGGAAGACCGUUCGGCUCCUUUUAUGAAAUCCGUCGAUAAGAGCUUUAUUCGACCAGUCCCACCUGAGAGAAUCUGAACGACGGCGUCGUUUUUGAAGAAGGUUUGAUGGUCGACGCUUAUCUAGAAGAUGGGUGGUGGACUGGUGUGGUAGUGAAAACGCUGGAGGAGGAUGGAAUGCGGGACAAUGGUGGAAUUGAGAAUUGAUUUGGCCUGGCGUCCGGCAAUUAUUAUCAAGGAAUUGGAGAAUGAGAAGAAAUUUAUUGUUAAGUACGACUGUUAUACUUAUACAUUCUUCAGAUGCAAGGAAUCACGCAUUGUAAUCGUUGGUUCUCAAAGUAUCAGGCCUCCGCAGCCUUCUUUUUCUGUUGGAGAGUAUGAUUUGUUGGAUCAUGUAGAGGCGUUUACUGACUUUAGGUGGCGUGAAGGUGUGGUGAGGGGGAUUGUCUUUGAGGGACGAUACAUGGUAAGUUUCGGGGGCACAAGGGUGGCGUCGUCGCAAUUCAGUCAUUCAGAUCUUAGGCCUUCAAUGGAGUGGGAAGAUGGAGUUUGGCGUACAAGAACAAAGCCAAAACGCCAAAAACAAACUCCUUUAGACGGUAAACGAAACAAGUCAGUGGGUUUAGAAACUAAAAAUGUGCAGACAAAGGCACCGCGGAGAUUUGAGAGGGAUGAUGAUGUAGUAAAUGAAAAAGAAUCUCGCUCACAUGUAUCCCCUGAGUCCAUGAAGAAUCAGAAUGGCUUGGGAAAUGAGUCAACUCGAGAAAAUAUGCCUAAGAAGCAUAACAGCCAAGUCUACACUCGAAAGAGGAAUAGAGGACAACUAGAAGACAGUUCAGACCUUAAUGAGACUGUGUUAUCCUCAAAUCGGACUUGCAAUGUGGGGAAGAAUUUUGUUCCUAAUGUUGAGGAAACCCAAGCAAAUGAUACAGAAAUGGUUUUUCCUUUUGCAAAGAAGUCACCGCUUUGGAAGACAUAUGAAUCAACAGAGGUCUUCAAGAGAGUACCACAAAGUCCACAUUUCAGCCCAUUGUCAAAUACUAAAGAAGAUUUCCGUGAAGGGCAAGCAUUAGGUCUGAUGGUGACUUAUUCUAUGUUACUGGAGAAAUAUAAAGAUCUUGAAACCGACGUUUCUGUAAGCCAACUACAUAGCCUCAAAGAUUCCUUUUCAGAGCUAGAGAAAUACGGGUUCAAUGUUGCAACGGCUUUAUCACGGAUCGACAAGCUGUUGGCACUCAAAGAUAGACAACUAAAUAUAUUAGAGGAACGAAAAGGUCUUGACAAAGAGAUGACAGAUGAAUCUAGCAAUAAUCGCAAGGCUAAACUAGAGUUUGAUGAGAUGGAACGAAAAAUUCUUGAGGUGAAACAGAAGAUGCUCGAGCUGCUGAGGCAAGAAGCGGCUCUGAAAGAGAAAAAGGAUGCAUCCAACAAAAAGAUAUGUCAGAUUGGGUCAUGUGCAAGAGAUCUUGGUGUCGAGCUUGAAAAUGUGGAGUUUGAGUUUGAGACGACUUUGUCGGCUCCUUGGUGAAAGAGUAAGCAUGAAGGCAAAAAAAAUGCGGUAAGUGUAGCUGAAGAUCAGAGUAGAAUGUCUUUUUGAGUCGAAGUAUCUUAUGUGGUAGAGACUUGUAAUCUAACUAAAAGGUCUUUUAACUCUCAAGUCCAUUUUUUGGUCGUCGGUAUUAUAAAGCUAGUUGUCAAACAUUUAAAUUGUACACUACAGUAUGAAAUUCACAAAGACAACAAAA